GGCGACGCUCACGUGUUCAAUGUUUUGGUAAACGUUUGAAAGAGGAGAGGAAGCGGCGAGCAAAAGACAGCGUUGAGUACCCUUCUACAAAAAGUAUAAAACCCUAUAAAAGAAGAAAGAAGAAGAAGAAUAUUCUUGUACCAAAUAUUUGCUUUGCUUGCUGUGAGCCAUGUCAAAUGCACUGGAGAGUUAUGUGAACCAUCUUGUUUCAGUAAUCACAGCAGAUGGAAGAAAUAUUGUGGGAACGCUAAAGGGUUUUGAUCAGGCUGUGAAUCUGAUUAUGGAUGAAUGUCACGAGAGAGUCUACAGUUCCCACCGAGGGGUAGAGCAAGUUAUCUUGGGUCUUUACAUUGUCAGAGGAGAUAAUGUAGCACUCAUUGGUGAAGUUGAUGAAGACCUGGAUUCAAGAUUAGAUUUAGAGAACAUUCGAGCAGAACCCCUUAAUGAGUGUAAAACAUAGAAUCAUUAUUAUUUAAUAAAUGUCUGUUUUGAUAAAUAUUAUGUUCUGGUCACCUUA